CUACAUGGCACAAGAACUGGUCUUAGCUUUGGUAGAUAAGACUUGUCUUAGAGCAAGUCUUGAAAUCUGGAAAUCUAUUUUGCAGUAAUCAUUGUCACAACAACCAUAACCUAAUCAGUACCCUCCAAGAACAUUAAAGUUAGAUGAUCAGUCAAAACCUCUCAACAAGACCAAACUCAAACUCUUUCCAUAUAAAUACUCUUUAACACUGACACAAAGAUUCAUCACUUUCUCUUGAUCACUCAUUUCAUCAACAAUGGCCAGAGAGAAGAUUGUGGUGGCUGGUGGUAGCACAAAGAGCUGGAAACUACUCUUGGGGUUGAGGGUAUUUGCAUUCAUGGCUACUUUAGCUGCAGCCAUUGUAAUGUCACUAAACAAAGAGACAAAGACCUUGGUUGUGGCUACCAUUGGUACUCUUCCUAUCAAAGCCACUUUAACCGCUAAGUUUCAGGACACACCGGCCUUUGUGUUCUUUGUUAUAGCUAAUGUAAUGGUGAGCUUCCACAACUUGUUGAUGAUUGUUCUUCAGAUUUUUAGCCGGAAACUGGAGUACAAAGGUGUCCGUCUCCUCUCUAUCGCCAUUCUCGAUAUGCUAAACGCAACUCUAGUAUCUGCGGCUGCAAACGCGGCGGUAUUCGUGGCGGAGUUGGGGAAGAAUGGAAACAAGCACGCCAAGUGGAACAAAGUCUGCGACAGGUUUGCCACUUACUGUGAUCACGGCGCUGGAGCACUCAUCGCCGCAUUCGCCGGAGUCAUUCUAAUGCUCCUUGUCUCCUCCGUCUCCAUUUCCCGCCUCUUAAUCAAUUCUAAACACUUAUCCACCACCGCCACCACAACCGCCGUCGUCUAAAACAUCGCGGCCAAAAUUCAGCAAUGUGUUUGUAUCUAUAUCAAAGAUGUUGUGGCUUACUUUGUGUGUUGUCUCUCAAGUCACUAUCAGAUUGUCUAAUGCACUCCCCUGUUCUAUCACUUUCACAUUUGUAUACGAGUUUUAAUUUCUCUCUUUUCUUUUUAUAUUUAUAAAAUGACAUUUUUCACAAA